AUGUUGUUUACGGGCUGCCCCUCAUGUAAAAAGCCAUUACAUCUUGUAAAUGUUGUAAAGGAGAGAAAAUAUGGCUUAGCGAGUAUUUUUUACAUCAAAUGUGAAUGUGGUGAAGUUACAUCAGUGGCGACUGGCCGUAGACAGAAUGAUGAGAAAAAUGGCCAAGGAUCUUUUCAUAUUAAUACUAAACUUGGAGUUGCUCUUGUUCAUGCUGGAAUUGGUGAGGCAGCCAUUUCAAGAAUUUUUGCCACCCUCAAUAUUCCAUGUAUCACCCCAAAAAGUUUAAAAAAGCAAGAGAGAAAAGCAGGAUCUGCAAUUGAAAAAAUAGCCAAUGAAUCAUGUGAUAAUGCCCUAGCACAAGAAGCAGAAAAGUCAAGCAAUGGUCUUGUCCUGUCAUAUGAUGCAGGUUGGCAGAAACGCGGCAGUGGAAGAGAUUAUAGUAGUCUUUCUGGUCAUGGAUCAAUGUUUGGUUUGGAAACAAAGAAAUUGGUGGGAUUUAGUGUAAAGAACAAGAGUUGUAGAAAGUGUGAUAUAGCAUUCAGGAAAGGAGAAAUUGCCUCCCCCCAUGAUUGCAGAAAAAACUGGGAUGGCAGCUCUAAAGCCAUGGAACCAGCAAUGGCCGUGGACAUUCUAAAUAACAUCAAAGAGAAAGGACAUCAGGUGAGAACUAUAGUAAUGGAUGAUGAUGCAACAACAAUAGCAAAAAUAAGGAGAGAAGUAGAUGAAUCCAUUCACAAAUCAAGUGACAGGAACCACACUGUGAAGAACUUUACAAAUACUCUAUACACAGUACAGAAAGAUAAAAAACUACACAAGGUGCUCAGUUCAAAGACAAUUAAUCACAUCAAGAAAUGUUUCUGUUAUGCCUUAGCUUCUAACAAAGAUAGCCCAUCAACUUUGAGAGAUAACCUGCUGGCCAUACCACAUCAUUUGUAUGGUGACCAUCAAAAGUGCAGUGAAACAUGGUGCAGAUAUCUUCAAAGGCCAGAUAAAUACAUUCCAAAGAACCUCCCAUACGGAAAAUACUUAUCAGAUAAGGAAUUGUUCACUGAACUGAAUCAGAUCUUCACACAGUAUUCAGAAAUUGCUGACAAGCUCUCAACCCUGGAAAGUACUCAACGUAACGAGAACUUCAACCAAAUGGUUGCACACAAAAAUCCAAAAAACAGAUGCUAUUCAACUUCAGAGAGUACAUCUGUUAGAGUAGCAGCAGCUGUGUGUCAACAGAACAUGGGGGAGCAGUAUGUACUUCAGGCUAAUGAAGAAUUGGGACUUUCCCCUGGUAGAGAAACCCAAAUCUAUGUUGAACGAAGACAAAAGAAAAGACAAAGGGAAGAAAGUGAAAUGCAAUCACGUGCAUUUAAAAGGAAACGCGCUGAGAGGAAAGGGACAAAGUACUCAAAAGCAGACAUAAUGGAAAUGAGGGAAGGUGUGACAUAUCAGCCAGGCAUCAAUCUUGCAGGAUUUCCAACAGCAUCAGUUGAAACAAUCCCCCCUCCCCCUCCAGCAGUAAUCCAAAUACCUUUACCAUCUGAUGAUUACACCAGAGUUUACUUUGAUCUUGAAACAACUGGCUUAGGAGUUGCAGACAUAGUCCAGAUUGCUGCAGUCCAUAAUGAAAUGCAGUUUUCAACAUAUGUGAAGCCAGAUAUUCCUAUAUCAGCAUCAGCAUCAGCAUCAAAAGUAAUUGGACUUACAUUUGACGGCACAAUUAUGUUCAAGUAUGGCAGCCCUGUCGCCUGUCUUUCGUUAGAGCAGGCGCUACGCAACUUUCAAUCUUGGCUUCAUUCAUUGAAAAAUCCUAUUUUAUUUGCUCAUGACUGUAGAAAGUUUGACAGUUUAGUAUUUUGUAGAGCAAUGCAAAAGGUGCCCACAGUUGAUGUAAAGAGAAGUUUCUGA